AUGCGGCAAACCAUACUUGUUCUCGUCAAGGAUGUAGUAAAGAGGAUGUGUGCAGUCAAGGAAUCCCCAGCUAAUACCUGCGCUCAGUAUUGGGAUAGAGACUACUAUAGGAGGACACGAAGACGAGAAGAUUAUGAAGGCAUGAACUUCAUUGAGUCUGUGAGUGAAAUUGAAGCAUCAACUAUGGAGAUUGAGAAUGCAAAGUGCCUAUCACUUGUAAAUUUUUGCAUGAAAACUUGUAUAUGGAACAACCAAAUUUCAGGAAGGUUUUGGGAACAAUAUGCAGAGGAAAUUUUUAGUUACGUAUCUAAACCAGAGAAUAAUAAAUAUUUUGUGAUUAUUAAUCAAUAUGCAAAAGUCAAAUUAUGGAGAGGUACUACAUCAUUGACCAAUUCAAUGUUCAUAACGCGAUUCACCAUUGAACCUGAUAUUCAUGAAGUGCAUGAAUUUAAAAACAGAAGGAAACUCAAAGAAGGUUCAAUAAUUCAUCGAUCAUUGCUUGAUGAGUCUAAUCACAGUUUAAAAUCAUCAGAAUUAGUAUUUCUUCAUAAUCAUGAGGCUGUGCAAUUGAAGGAUAUAGUGCUGCUGCAAAAGGAAGGUUAUUAUGUCACAUAUGGCACAAUCAAAUCUAUUGAUUGUGAGCACGAAUGGUCUUAUUCAUCAUGUUACAAAUGCUAUGAUGCUGUUCAAAAAGAGUCAGAUGGUUCCAUGAGUUGUCUUACAUGCAAAGUACCUAUUUUAACUGUUUGGCCAAGUAAAAGGUACAAGUUUUUUGUGCGUGUUUCGAAUGGUGUUGGGCAAUCCACUUUUGUUCUUUUUGACUCACAAGUGUAG